AAUCACCCUCGCAGAGUCAUUUUCUAAGAGGCCUAGGGCCCAUUACACCACCUCCCCGGCAAGGCUGGGCUGAUCAUAGUGGCGGCGGCGGCGGCGUGGGCACCCAGGGUCGUCCCGCCCAUCCGGGCAACACUCACGUUCAUUCUUCUCCUUCUUCCACUCCACAUUCUGCGUGUGACGCGUCACUGGCUCGCCAUGGCAUACCACUACACGCCGCUCGGCAAGCAGGUCGGCCUGAGACGAUACGUCCCACCAUUCCUCGCAAUCUUCGUCUUCCUCUCGGGCCUGCUGUUCAUCGCCCACAGCUCGGGCGUCAGCAUCACCGGCGGCGGCAGCGGCCUGCACAACCUGUCCGACCCAGGCUCGCGCGUCGCGUCCAACUCGCUCCUGCCCGCAGCUGGGCCUUACCACGACCUCGCCUACGUCCCCGAGCCGCACGACGAGAUCACCGAGGAGAGAAAGGGAUGGAAGUGGUACAACGACGCCAAGCUCCGUGCGCUCACGGCGUGCCAGGCGCGCGGUGACUGCCAUCCCAACUCGGCAAAGAUUGUCAUCUUCAAUGUGUGGUACUGCAAGAUGGCAGUGUUUGGCAACUACAAGGGUGGAGAGGGAACUUGGUUUAUUGGAAUGAAAGAAUCGCUCGAGCGUCAGGGAUACACCGUGCUCAUUGUUGAUGACAGCUGGGGUGAGAGUUACAUCGCACACGCUGUGAGCACUGCCCCUAACACGUUCACAGAGGAGACAUACCACAUCUACAGACAGUUCCCCAACCUCGUGACGCACGUUGUGUCGAUGGAGGAGCAGCACGAGCAAAAGUUCAAGGAGUGGGCCAAGACCAAGGACAGGCCAUGGGGCAUUCCCCACUGGAAGCACUUCCGCUUCAACUAUUACCAGACUGACGGCGGCACUGUGGUCGGCGACCGCUGGGUCAUCACCUGCGAGCCAGAGUGGAAGGAGAUGGACAAGGGCUUCAGGAACUUCUCGUACAUCGGAUACGCGAUUGAGAAGGACCCAGACUACAUCCCAUUCAACGAGCGUCCUAUGCGCGCGUACGUCCUCGGCAAGCACCAGACGUUCUUCUACCCCCGGGCUCACCAAGCAUGGGGCCUGGACUAUUACAAGAAGGCGCUGGACGAGAUCCGUAAGGAGAUACCCAAAUUUGAGAUGGUCGGGUCGUUCUUUGAUGAGCGGAGUCAGGAGGACCAGAAGAAGGAGGGUCCUCUGCCUAUUCCAGAGGGUAUCAUCAACCUGCCCAAGCUCGGCCCCAAGGAGUUUGACAACGAACUCCGCAAGGCACGUCUGUUGCUUGGCAUAGGACACCCUACGGCCAGUCCAAGCCCGUACAGAGCUAUGGCCAGAGGUGUGCCAUUCUUGAGUCCGUUCAAGCUCAUGAUGACCCCGCCUGGCAGGGAAGAUGACCCAUAUACUUGGUCCGACUCGCAGCACGACACGCUCCGUCGCGAGACGCCACCACUCGUGUACAACGUCCUCGAGUUCAACUACACGGGCAUGGUGGAGGCGAUCAAGGCGGCUAUGGUGACGCCGAUCGAGCCGCACGUGUACGACCGCAUGCUGCAGCCUGCGCUUGACGAGCGCGUGCGGUACUGGAUGGAGGCCGACUGGGAGACUGAGGCGAGGCGGAUCCUCGACCUGCGGCUGCAGGGCACCGAGACACAGCGGAACAACUGGGUCGAGGUGUUUGAGAUGUAGAUGGCUUUGCAUGGCGGGCGAUGGGCGCGCGUUGGUAUCGAUG